AUGGCUACAACAGCCCCCCAGGGCACCUUGCGCCAGCGUAGCGUAGCUGGUAGCAAGAAGAACAAAGAUGGCGCCUCCUCCGAUGUUGAGCUCGACAAGCUCGUCAAGGCCGCCAACCAGCGCCCAAAGGCUGUCUCGGAGAACGAUCACAGGAUCGCCUUCUUCAUCAUCACCAUCCUGGCCUUCAUCACCAGAUUCUGGGGCAUUAGUCACCCCAACGAGGUUGUUUUUGACGAAGUACACUUCGGAAAGUUCGCCUCGUACUAUCUCGAAAAGACCUACUUCUUCGACGUGCACCCUCCGUUCGGCAAGCUCCUCUUUGCCUUUGUUGGCUGGCUGGUUGGCUUCGAUGGCCACUUUCACUUCGAGAACAUUGGCGACUCCUACAUUGCGAACAAGGUUCCCUACGUGGCCUUCCGCUCCCUCCCUGCCCUCCUUGGCGCCUUGACCGUCUCGGUGGUAUACCUUAUCAUGUGGGAGUCUGGGUACAGCCUUCCCGCCUGCAUUCUUGCCGCUGGCUUGGUUCUGCUCGACAACGCCCAUAUUGGCCAAACACGCCUGAUUCUUCUCGAUGCCACCCUCGUGUUUGCCAUGGCCUGCAGCUUGCUCUGCUAUAUCAAGUUCUACAAGUUGCGCCAUGAGCCCUUCUCAAGGAAGUGGUGGAAGUGGCUGAUCCUCACUGGAUUUGCCCUUUCCUGCGAUAUCUCGACCAAAUACGUUGGUCUUUUCGCCUUCAUCACCAUUGGUUCUGCUGUUGUCAUUGAGCUUUGGGACUUGCUGGAUAUUAAGAGGCCUGGUGGAGCUCUGACCUUGGCUCAGUUCGGCAAGCACUUUGCUGCUAGAGCUUUCGGCUUGAUCUUCCUGCCCUUCCUCUUUUACCUCUUCUGGUUCCAGGUUCACUUCACCAUUCUCACCCGCUCCGGCCCCGGUGAUGAUUUCAUGACCCCCGAGUUCCAGGAGACCCUGAGCGACAACAUCAUGCUCAGCAACGCCAUCACCAUUGACUAUUACGACACCAUCUCUAUCAAGCACAAGGAGACCAAGGCUUACCUUCACAGCCACCCGGAGCGUUAUCCUCUGCGGUAUGACGAUGGUCGUGUUUCCAGCCAGGGUCAGCAGGUCACUGGUUACCCAUUCAAUGACACCAACAACUAUUGGCAGAUUCUCCCCGCUGGUGCCGAUGACAAGCAGCUCAAUCGUCACAUCAAGAAUCACGACCUCAUCAGACUCCGUCACGUUGUUACCGACACCAUUCUCUUGUCCCACGACGUUGCCUCGCCAUACUUCCCUACCAACCAGGAGUUCACCACAGUCUCACUUGCGGACGCCUAUGGUGACAGGGCUGCUGACACUCUCUUCGAAGUACGCAUUGAGCAUGGCAAACCUAACCAGGAAUGGAAGACUAUCUCGGGCCACUUCAAGCUGAUCCACAACCCAAGCAAGGUUGCCAUGUGGACUCACACCAAGCCUCUUCCCGAAUGGGCUUUCAAGCAGCAAGAAAUCAACGGCAACAAGCAAAUCGCACCAAGUUCCAAUGUCUGGCUUGUUGAGGACAUUUCUUCUCUGCCCGCCAACCACCCGCGCCGCGCCAAGGUAGCAAAGAAGGUCAAGACUUUGCCCUUCUUGCGCAAGUGGUUUGAGCUGCAAAGGUCCAUGUUCUGGCACAACAACCAGCUGACGGCCAGCCACCCCUACGCUUCGCUUCCCUACUCUUGGCCCUUCCUGCUCCGCGGUGUCAGCUUCUGGACACAGAAUGAUACUCGUCAGCAAAUCUACUUCCUUGGCAACCCAAUCGGUUGGUGGAUUGCCAGCAGUGUCCUGGCCAUCUAUGCCGGCAUCAUCUUGGCCGACCAGUUCUCACUGCGCCGUGGCAUGGAUGCUUUGGAUCACCGUUCUCGCUCCCGCCUGUACAACUCCACGGGCUUCUUCUUCCUUGCCUGGGCUACCCAUUACUUCCCCUUUUAUGUCAUGGGUCGUCAGCUCUUCCUUCAUCACUAUCUCCCCGCACAUCUAGCAUCUGCCCUUGUCACGGGUGCGCUGGUUGAGUUCAUCUUCAGCCAGGACGCCGUGGAGCACGAGGUGGCCCAUCAAGCCGCUAAGGCCGGCAAGAAGAGCCAGACUCCUAAGCACCACUUGACGGCCCGCGAGCGUUUUGCCGGCCAGAGUUUGUUCGGGUCAUGGGUUGCCACCGGUGUCAUUCUCACCUUGGUUGCCGCGGGCUGGUACUUCUUCUUGCCUUUGACCUACGGCUACCCCGGCCUGACGGUGGAGCAAGUUAUCCGGAGAAAGUGGCUGGGUUAUGAUCUUCACUUUGCCAAAUAG